AUGAACAAGAGAGAACACAUCCUCAACGAAAUAUAUAACACAGAAGAGUCAUACCUAAAAUCACUACAGACUUGCCAAAUUAUUUAUUACGAUGAUAUGACCACUCGAAUACCACCAAUAGUAGAGCUGGACGACUCUGAAGAGAUAUUCCGCUUUUUAGACUCCAUCAUUUCGGUGUCAACAAGUAUGAUGAAAGACUUCGCAGAGGCCAAAAAGAGUAACAGAUUCUCCGAGGAUCUUGGGAGAAUUUUUAUCAAGAUGCAGCCAUACCUCAAAGUGUAUAACAUGUAUGUAGCGAAUAACGCGUAUGCUUUGAACGAAGUUGAGAACCUGAAUAAAGACGAGAAGUGUGCAGACUAUUUGGAACAGCUCAGAAAUUCGAUUGAAGGUCCUGAGAGUACAAAACUUGACUUGAACUCCUUUCUUAUUAUGCCCGUCCAACGGGUUCCGAGGUAUCGGCUACUCUUGGAAGACUUGUUGAAGAACACUCCCGACGGCACCGAAGGCAAAAACGAGAUCAAAGUAGCGCUCGACCAAAUCAAAGAGUUAGCGUUGAGUGUGAACGAGUCGAUAGCCGAUGAACAGAGACGGCACAACUUACUUAAAAUACGGAAUCGACUUCCUAAAGAACAACAACAAUUCUUUAUUCGACCGUGGAGGAAAUUUGUCCUCGAAACUCAAGUCGACUUACUCUUCAAGGACAAACACAACAAACUCACUUUUGUAUUCUUAACAGAUAUUUUGAUGUUCACAAACGCAGAGAAGGAGAAGCUCAAAUUGUUUGCAGUGUUCACUGUUGGCAAAUUGGAAAAAGCUGUGAUGAAAGGUGACAAGAUCGUCGUUGUCUCCUUCAAAGAACCAAAACAAGAGAGUGACCAAAUUGAAACGUUGGAAAUCACUUUUUUAGAUGCGGCGAACGCUAAAAAAUCGUUUGACGCACUCACUCCGUUACUCGUCUCAGAGAAGGAAAGAAUCAAAACUAUUAAAUUACGACAAAACGACGAUGACUGUCCUUGCUGUAGAAAAUAUUUGAAUCGAUUUGGGUGUAAUUCGAAGAUCUGUGAGAAAUGCAAUAAGAAGGUUUGCGGCGUAUGCGCAAUGACUAAAAUUGCGUUAGUUGCAGGUGGGUCCUUGAGAACAGUGUGUGACGCGUGUUUACUUGCGAUGUACACAAAACAACAAGAAGCUUUGAGUAAGCCGAGAGUCAAGAAGGCACCUCUUCAACUCAAGAAAAAUGGUCCCAAAAUUAUUGAAGCGCCACAAAUGUACCAAGAAACAACACAGACACAGCAACAAGUACUCCCUCAAGGUGUGUUGUUCAAUCCAAUGCUAUUCAAUACGCCCGUAUUCAACCAGAAUAGCCAGAUAUACCAACCUAUAAAUCUAUAUCAAAAUCCUCAAUAUGUUAAUAUGCAGACAAGCCAAAUGGGUAUCCAACAAUAUCCACAACAAAGUCUCCAAAACACUCAAACACAGACAAGUCAGACUGACUUAUUGAAAUCACUCCAUGUGCCACAAAAGAGAAGACCACAGAAGUAA